GGUGGGCUGGUGGGCUGGUGGGCGAGUGUGGUGGGUUCGUCAUUUGUUUUUGGUGCUAACUGCACUCCACUCUAUCCCCACUGUUGCUCAUACCUUCUCUUUUGAUUUAUAUUUUGUAUCUGUAACCUCAAGAAUAUCCUUUCCUCUUGAUCUUUCCUGGCUGAAUCACGCUGUCGGCACCAUCGCAUCAAGCCAUGGUGGUUCGCUCUUCGAUUUGCCACCCUGCUCUUCUUUGUUCUGCAUAGCAUUUUCUGAUUCGCAAUUCUUGCUUGAGAUCGUAUUACCGAGUGCCUCGGUGUUUUUUCUACCUGUCUAUUACCACCCAUUGUUGAGCAAUCGUGCGAUUUCAAUAGGGGUCUAGUCGGCUCCCUACAACAAGCCACAAUGUCAAACUUCAGAGACCCGGAGAAGGACAAUUUUUCGGAGCCACUAUCAGCGACACACUCCCCCACAGCUCAGCACGCCUUGGUAGAAGAUCCCGAGAAGGAUAUCCAUACUACAUCAUCCUCCCCAACCCACACGGCACAUUCAAAUUCCUCUCAUGACUCGAUCAACUCAAACCCAUUGUUUGCUUUGGAACGGGCUCUGACAGCAACCGAUCUCGCCACAGAAGCAGAACGAGCUGCCCGUCCAGCAUUGACAUAUACCAGAACAGGAGCUUCGCUAGCCACUACUGGAUCCCGACUUCCAUCGUUUGAAGUCGAUUUCGCUGAUGGAGAUAAUCCUUUGAAUUGGCCUCUGUGGUAUCGAAGUUUGGUUAUUGGAGCUGUCAGCUAUUCGACAUGGACCGUCGUUUUAUACAGCACCAGUUACACCAGCAGUAUGCCUGGAAUGAUGGAGGAGUUCCAUGUUACAAGCGAGCCAGUAGCCACGCUGGGAGUUACAACAUAUCUAUUAGGAUUGGCUGUUGGAAGUCUGAUACUUGCCCCGCUAAGUGAGAUGUAUGGUAGAAGAAUCGUUUAUGCCGGAAGUCUGGCAUUCUAUUGUUUGAUGGUGUUACCGUGUGCAUUAGCUACCUCGCUUUCGGAAGUUCUUGUUGUUAGAUUCUUUGGUGCUGUUGCUGGAUCAGCUAUGAUUGCCAAUGCCCCUGGCUCCGUUUCCGACAUUGUCACAGAAAAUUAUCGAGCUCUUGCAUUCAGUAUCUGGAGCAUAGGUCCCAUGAAUGGACCAGUAACAGGACCUCUGAUUGGUGGGUUUGCUGCUGAGUAUCUGGGAUGGAGAUGGACGAAUUGGCUGGUCAUGAUCUUGUCAGGUGCUGGGUGGUUCUUUUGCUCCUCUAUGCAAGAGACGUAUGCACCUGUUAUCCUGCAAAGAAAAGCAGCAAAGAUGCGAAAAGAGACAGGGGACGACAGAUGGUGGUGUCGGUAUGACCAGAAGGCAAGCCUUUUCGAAAUGCUGAAGAUCAACCUUUCGAGACCAUUCAUUCUAUCUUUUACAGAGCCAAUAUUAUGGUUCUGGAAUGCUUAUAUCGCGAUCAUCUAUGGAAUCUUGUAUCUUUGUUUCGUUGCCUACCCACUCAUCUACACUGGUCUCCGUGGUUGGUCUCUCGGCUUCACAGGCCUUGCUUUCAUCGGCAUUGGUGUCGGUACAAUGAUUGCGAUCGUCACUGAGCCCCUCGCACGCCGGGUCGUCAAUUCACACAAGAAAGAUCCCGAGACAGGCCGUGUCUAUCCCGAAGCAUCGAUCAGUAUUGUAUGUUUCGCAUCGCUUCUAUGUCCUAUUGGCCAACUUUGGUUCUCCUGGACAUCAGUCCCAAUUACGAUCCAUUGGGUUUGGCCAAUUUUGGCCGGUAUUCCAUUUGGCGCAGGAAACUGUCUGGUGUUUAUUUACGCCUCGAAUUAUAUUGCCGGCUCGUAUGGCAUCUACGCAGCAUCGGCUCUGGCCGGGAAUAGCGUCGUCCGAUCUUGUGUUGGUGGAACGUUGCCCCUUGCUGGCCCGAAGAUGUACGAAGCAAUGUCUCCGCAGUGGGCCGGCACAUUACUUGGGCUGGUACAGGUCGCUUUGAUUCCGAUCCCUUUUGUGUUUUAUAAAUAUGGUGACAGAAUCAGGGCUAGGAGUCCAUUGAUUAAGCAGAUGCGAGAGGAUGCCGAGAGAAUUCGGAAAAGGGCGGCUGCGGGAGAGAGGAGGAGGCAGAGGAAGGAGGAUGCUGAAAAGGGAGUACAACAACCAGAAAGAGUGGCGGUGGAGGGUUUGAGUGAUGAGAGACCGAAAGGACAUGCGGCUACUGUGGAGACGGAAAAGUUAUGAAGGAGAAGAAUAGAGGUUUGAGAGAUAAAUGAUACCCAGAUUAAUACGAGACAGAAAUAAUACAACCUAC